CCCGUUUCCUCCACCUCUCUCCGCCCCUUUCCCCUCCCCCUCCCAUCUCCUCUCCUGUGACGCACGCGCGCACCAGGCGAGGCGCAGGCGAGAUCGCGGAGGCGGGGCCGGCGGAGCAAAUGGCGGCGGGCUACCGGGCGGAGGACGACUACGACUACCUCUUCAAGGUGGUCCUCAUCGGCGACUCCGGCGUCGGCAAGUCCAACCUCCUCUCCCGCUUCACCCGCAACGAGUUCAGCCUCGAGUCCAAGUCCACCAUCGGCGUCGAGUUCGCCACCCGCUCCCUCCAGGUCGACGGCAAGGUCGUCAAGGCCCAGAUUUGGGACACCGCCGGCCAGGAACGGUAUCGUGCUAUUACUAGUGCAUAUUACCGAGGUGCAGUUGGAGCAUUGCUUGUCUAUGAUGUCACCCGACACUCAACCUUUGAGAAUGUGGAGCGCUGGUUGAAGGAAUUGAGGGACCAUACAGACCCAAACAUAGUUGUCAUGCUAGUUGGCAACAAGUCUGAUCUGCGCCAUCUUGUAGCAGUUCAAACCGAUGAAGGGAAGGCAUUUGCAGAGAGAGAAUCACUCUAUUUCAUGGAGACCUCUGCUCUCGAGUCCACCAACGUCGAGAAUGCGUUUGCAGAGGUCUUGACUCAGAUCUACCGCAUCGUGAGCAAGAGGUCAGUCGAAGCAGGUGAUGAUGCAGCUUCUGGGCCUGGCAAGGGUGAGAAGAUCAAUAUAAAGGAUGAUGUAUCGGCAGUGAAGAAGGGUAGCUGCUGCUCCAGCUGAGCCUUGCUGUACUUUUUUGGACCUGUGGCUUGUGUGAGCUUGUGUUAUCACCGUUCCAGCGACUGAGAAUUGUUGGUAGUAUUAGCAACUUCUGUGCUACGUAGAGUUUAUUGCUACACAACUGAAAGGUUUGGCCAGAUCAGUUUAGAUCUUCCUAUUGUUGUAUGGUCUCCGCGGCCACAGGCAUGGUAUUGGUUUUCAUGUGAAUCCAUUGCAGCCAUGCUUGAACUGUUCAAUCAAUCAGAAAUAUGCCUUACGAUUGCA